AUGGUUGGACAGAAGGAGAGCGAGAGUUCAGUUGAGUUUAUCCGGCUCUUUGCGGCCGUUUUGAAAAAUCUCACUGUCCCUCCGAGCUGUCCUCUGUCGGAGGAGGAUUCUAUGUCCCAGACGGAUGAUACUGCAGUUCCUGCCGCCGGGACUGGGUACUUCGUGGAGACUAUUCACGUGCCCCCGCUUCCUGCCAGCCAGGAUCCCCAGUGCUCCUCCAUGAUCCAGAUUGGCUAUUUGUUACUGGUGGGUUGUGCAUGUACGCGUUCAACCAUUUUACUUUUAUUUCAGUCUACUCACACUUAUUAAGUAACCACUUAUUAUCUGGUUUUGUUUGAAGCUCCGACUCCGUCUCACGCACAAUACAAAAGCGAAAGACGAGUUUCGAGUGCACAUUCCCAUCACUAUUGGCACAAAAUUCGCCAAACCCACUUCAUUCCUUGAGGGAACAGAAGGCAAGUGCAAAAUUCCUUCUUUGUGCAAACUGUCCCUCUAGAAAUGACACCACCUUAUCACCACCUUCAUGAACUUUUCUGUUUUCCUUCACCAUCAGUGUCGCCCUGUUACGCUUCGUUCGAUUUCUCAACGGGGUCGAUAAGAGAAUCCAACCCACGAGAUUCCGACUACCCAGUCUACCUCUAUUUUCGGGCUACUGCCGUCGGCAAACCCACCUCCACUGUUUCACUUAAUACCUCACUGACAACAGUCGUAGACAAUGCGAACAUCUUGGCGGAGGUACCCAGACGGAGCGCUCCGCACGAACAGCCUCCACCCUUGCCUGCCCGACGGCCUCCUGUGCCCGUGGCAAAAGGCCUCAGCUGGGAGCCCUCAGUUGGGCCCCAUCAGGCGUCUUCUUCCCGGUCCGCCAGCGGCGUGCCUGCCUUCACUCGUCACAACUCCGAAAGCCACCUGCGUUCCGCCGCCACACCGCAGUUACGCGAAAAACUCUACUUUGAUGAUGGUGAACUGCUGGCCCAACCCUCGUCAAGCCCCAGCGCCGCCUCUUCUCCCUCCCCAUCCAGUGAGGACUGCUCAUGUGAGCUCUCACCUCCGUCGUCUCCUCCCUGCUCGACAUUGCCUGAAAGACCCAAGCUCACAGUUCGGGUGCACUCGGCGCAUGUGGAGUGCAGUGCCACCACAAGUGACGACGGCGGCAACGAAGUCAGCCCUCGAGUCUUUCCCCCUGAUACCAGCUCGCGCCGGUUUAGGCGAUCCACGGACACCGCGCUCCGCCGUUCGUUUCGACGACAAAACUCUCACCAUAGCUCUGAGUCGACUUAGAUUAACUGGAAAUUCCACUAGGGUAUACACUGGCCGUUUGUAGGGUCGGAAUUAUGACGUAAAACGCACACGUUUUGUCCACUUCAGUGGAACGCCAGGUUUAGUCUACCUCAUUCUUCCUUCCGACAGGUGCAAUUUGCCAAAUUCAGGUGGAAGUAUUUUGACAGUGGAGACUGACAUCUUCGCUGUCCUUUUUCACAAUGGCUUCUUUUACUUUUAUCUUCGAAAAAGCACCCCAUUUUCUCCGUCUGCCUGGUUGCCAUCCCUGCUACCUUGUUUAUAACUUCUUCUGCAUCGUGGUUUAUAAUUUUAUAUAUUUAAUUUAGUUAACCGCAGUCUCAAAGACCUGCAAAUAGAUGCUUAAUCUCAUAGAAGGUAAAAAAGACGAGGGGAAGAUGUUCUCUCUCAGAUAUAUUGGUUCUUUUUGAGCUACUCGAACGGCCAGUCUCAAGGUUCGCUCCCGUUUAGAGCUGCAAGAUCUGCGGCUGCUGAAUUCUGAACAGAACGCACUUCGGUGACCUUCAUCUCUGCUAUGUAGCACCGCCGUUGUCUCUGGGUAGUUUUGUAGCAGCCGCUCCAGUUCUCCUUUUCUCCGGCUCCGUUUUGUCGGUCGAUGGCCGCUACAAUCGUUGCCAGGCCGCUGACACACAACCACCCCCGCCGAUUAUAACUGGCCCCCCCCCCCUCCUGUCCAGCUGCAGUGACCCCCGGCUGCCCCCACAAACAAUUAUCACCUCAUGCGCGUCGGACGACCUGGCUUGAUACCCGUAAGCCCCUGUAAUUAUGCCUCCCCCUAAUCCUCCCCUAAUCCGUCCAAUCUCAUGAUCAGCAUCCAACCCGUCACCCCCACCUACUGACACAGACUUUCACUCGCGCGUAAACAACACACCGCGACUGACGCUCUCCGUGAACGGACGCUUUUCUCUGUUGCAAGCAAACCGCCAACUUGCGGCAACCUGCCCUGUGUACAGAAUAAACUAGUCCUCACAGCUCCCUGACUUCUGACAGUAGACGAAACGAACUUAUUGUGCGUGGUUUAAGUUGAUCUCACAUCCUUGAUCACCCCACAGUUUGAUAUGUUGUUUGAUUCCAACUUGCUUAAUAUUCUUCUGACAACUGACUAAUCGCCCGACUCAGCAGGAACCGAAAUUAAGUAGGGGCUAAUUUCACCUGUUGAACAUGCCGUCUGAUCGAGUCAUCACUGACCGACGUAUAGAAACCGACUGUGAGUCAGUAAUAGCAGUCUGUCUGUUUAUCACCCCUGACGUGUCGUAUAAACAACAGUUCUUGAAAUCAGGCAAACUGAUACGACAUUGUGCAAUAAUUUACCGUACUAACAACACAGGUAUUAGCUAAAAGCCCAGACACGCGUGUUUCGCCGAUCUUGUGCCGCUGCCUGACGCAGCUGCGAGGGAUUCGGCUCGUCAGUGGGUCCCCCAGCUUUCCCCGUGUGUUUUCUGGUAUAUGCACUCCAGUUUCAACUUGCCUUGCUUAAUUUCCGAGGAAAUUAAUACGCAAACUUGGAGUAACUCUUUCGAAACAGGCCUUUUCAGGCACGGUCUGAAAUUUCGAAAGAGUUUACUCCAAGUUCGCGCAUUAAUUUCCUCGGAAAUUAAGCAAGGCAAGUUGAAACUGGAGUUCAUAUACCAGAAAACACACGGGGAAAGCGGGGGAACCCACUGACGAGCCGAACCCCUCGCAGCUGCGUCAGGCAGCGGCACAAGAUCGGCGAAACACGCGUGUCUGGGCUUUUAGCUAAUACCUGUGUUGGUAGUACGGUAAAUUAUUGCACAAUGCUAUACUACUGGCUGCCUGUUGGUGGUUUGUGAAUAUUAAGCGGUUAUUCCGCAAUAGCUGAUGGAUUUCGGCUCAAAUAUUCAUAUCAAAUUUCGGACCGUGCCUGAAAAGGCCUGUUUCGAAAGAGUUACUCCAAGUUCGCGCAUUAAUUUCCUCGGAAAUUAAGCCAGGCAAACUGAUACGACGCCUAUCUGGCCUGGGUUUACCACAAUUGACUAACGAUUGCACUAAACACGACGGAACGUUGGUCUUGACCAUUCUGCUAUAGUUAAAACAUGAGGCUCACGUUUUUGCUUUGUUAGUCAAUGUGAGAAUAGAUCUGGGAAGGGGGGGGGCGGGUGGGUCGUUCCAGUAUUCCCCCUGAUCUGCGCUGUAAAUCUGACCUCUCUAGAGACAGCAAAAUUAGCAGAGAGUAUCAGUCAUCAGUCUAGGCGGGGCCGCCGAGUAUAUAACAAGUUUUGCCAGACAGUACCGUCGUUCGUGAUAUGACGACUAAUAGGCCCACCCUCUCAGCGCAUACGUACACAUUAGACCAUGGCGUAAAUUUGUCGCCAAGAGAAUGAUUUGUGUUUCGGGUUUACUUUCAAAUAAUUGACUGGAGAGUAGACAGUCAACUGAGUAGAUGCGAGACCUGUGAGUCGUAUGUGAAGUGAUUUAUAGUGAGACCGACUUCCGCAGCCCCUACCGCACCCUCUCCUUCCUCAUUCACCAACCUCCAAUGACAAGAAACUGUCGAGACGACCGGAGGUGGAUACGGACGCAGUGGAUGACAAAGUUGAAUAACCCUUUUACCCGUCCCACGCGCGAGCUGGCUCCGCGGACAUACACCGAGUUCUCAUCGGAACAAGGGGGCCCAGGACUCAGCUGAGCAGGAGUGGCAUAGAGGUCGCAUUCAGAAGAAGCCAUAGAGGCUAUAUCUUAGUUUUUGAACCAGUCACUGCAGACACGCACAGUAUUAGAAGGAGAAGAGGAAGAAGAUGGCGAUGAUGAUGAUGAUGAUGAUGAUGAUGAUGAUGAUGAUGAUGAUGAUGAUGAUGAUGAUGAUGAUGAUGAUGAUGAUGAUGCGAUCAGUGGAACAAGAAGCUUACUGGCCUGA